UGAUGCAAGGCUAUAAAAGUGUAGCUGCUUGUAGAAGUGGCAGAAUAAUUUAACUUGGCCACUCAGCAGAGGACUAGGUUACAACAUGGUGAAAUAUAAGUUUUAGCUGCGCAAAGACGGCUACUAUGGAGCGCAAACCUGAGAUGUAUUACGAGACUGAGAGAAGGUGAAGGGAUACGAUAAAAUGAUAAUAAAUGAAAGCGGUCCGACGAACGGUUCUUCGCUGGCCCCCCACGACACUAACCUGAAUCGCCCUCCGUGGGUUGCGACAACUUUGGGAUGCUUUCUGAUUUUCACCAUUGUCAUUGAUAUUUUGGGCAACCUCCUGGUCAUUAUCUCUGUGUACAGAAACAAAAAACUCAGAAACGCAGGCAACGUGUUUGUGGUGAGUCUGGCUGUAGCAGACCUGGUGGUAGCCUUCUACCCCUACCCUCUGGUCCUCACCUCUAUCUUCCACAACGGCUGGAACCUGGGCUUCAUUCACUGCCAGGUCAGCGGCUUCCUUAUGGGCCUCAGCGUCAUCGGCUCCAUCUUCAAUAUCACCGGCAUCGCUAUCAACCGCUACUGCUAUAUAUGUCACAGUCUUAAAUACCACAAGCUGUACAGCGACAAGAACUCCCUGUGUUACGUCCUGCUCAUCUGGCUGCUGACUGUGGUGGCCCUGCUGCCCAACUUCUUCGUGGGCUCGCUGCAGUACGAUCCCAGGGUGUAUUCGUGUACGUUUGUCCAGUCGGCCAAUUCAGCGUACACCAUCGCCGUGGUCUUCUUCCACUUCUUCCUGCCCAUCAUGAUCGUCUCCUACUGCUACCUGAGGAUCUGGAUCCUGGUCAUCCAGGUGAGGCGGAGGGUGAAGCCUGAGUUCAGGCCUAGGCUCACGCCGCAUGACGUGAGGAACUUUGUCACCAUGUUUGUGGUGUUCGUCCUGUUCGCUGUGUGCUGGGCACCGCUGAACUUCAUCGGACUGGCGGUGGCCGUCAACCCCGCCGCAGUAAUACCCAUGAUUCCAGAGUGGCUGUUCGUGUUCAGCUACUUCAUGGCCUACUUCAACAGCUGCCUUAAUGCCAUCGUUUAUGGACUGCUCAACCAGAACUUCCGGAGGGAGUACAAACGGAUAGUUGUCUCGCUUUGCACUGUGACAUUGUUGUUCCCUGACAGUUCCAACGACGCUGCGGAGAGAGUCAAGCCAGCCCCUUUAAUAACUAACAACAACCAAGUGAAAGUAGACUCCGUGUGAGAGGUCAUAAAGGGAGCACUGUGAACAAAGACAUACUAAAAACACACACUGCUUCCAGACUGCAGGUGUAUUUAUGAUGUAUGUGUACUGAACUGAAGCCAAUGACUAACGGCGUGUAUGCAUUUUUUUAAACAUAUUUUUCUCAGUCAAGGUGCAUUACAGUAGCUGUAUGUUCCCCUCUGUCUAAAUGUUUACAAUAAUGAACUAUCAAUGUAUGUAUUUAUUUUAUAUUGACAAUGGAUAAUAUGACAAAAUGUCACAGCAUAGAGCUGAAAGGGUUUCUUACGUUAUGCUAUAUUUACAAGUCUACAGUGCUUUAUCUGUAUCUGUAUGAGAAAUAACAUAGUAAUGAUCGGUACUUCUGACUAUAACAUCAAAGUUGUAUUACAUACUGUAGGUUGCUAGUGUAAAGGAAAUUCAGAAGCUUGAAAAGCAAUAUGUUUGGUGUGAAGUGUGCACUGUGAAAUGUGACACAAACAUGAUAACAUACACAUUCCACAGAUUUGGCUCUAGUCAUGGCUAUAUUAAGAAUAACUCCAAAUAAACCAUUGCCAUAAGACCAAUUGUUUAAAUAGCGUUAACACAUUGUUUACAACAAAAUAGUUUGCUUGUUUAAUUUUACAGUUGUGAAAUGUGACUAGUCUGUACUGAAAUAAAUAAGCAAGUAAAUAAUAUGUGCUGCAGGUGGGUUUCAAGAAGUCAGGGCCGGAGGGAAUAUAAACUGUUAAAACUGACAAAAAGUGUCAAUCUCCUUCCUGUCAUUUUCAUAUUGUCAUAUACGGCUGUCUGAGGUGAUGUGCUAUAGAUCCGUGUGUAAA